CUCUCUCAAAGUUGGACCCAAUAAGAUACUGAUGUGGACUUAGUUACCUCACCUGCAGGUUCUUCAAUCACGACUCUUGUUCACUAACCUAAAAGUGCCUCUCUCUCACCGCUAAGAUUGCAAACCCUCUCUCUCUCCCCCCCUAAAACCCCUCUCUUGCUUUGAAGUGCUUCCAUCAUGUUUGGGCGCGCUCCAAAGAGGAGUGAUAACAACAAAUACUAUGAGAUUCUAGGUGUUUCAAAAAGUGCAAGUCAAGAUGAGCUCAAGAAGGCAUAUAGAAAAUCUGCCAUAAAAAACCAUCCAGACAAAGGUGGAGAUCCCGAGAAGUUCAAGGAGCUGGCUCAAGCCUAUGAAGUUCUUAGCGAUCCAGAGAAAAGAGAAAUUUAUGAUCAAUAUGGUGAAGAUGCCCUUAAAGAGGGAAUGGGAGGGGCUGGUGCUUCCCAUAAUCCAUUUGAUAUAUUUGAACAAUUUUUUGGUGGAGCUUCUUUUGGUGGUGGUGGUAGUUCAAGAGGUAGAAAGCAGCAAGGUGAAGAUGUAGUUCAUACUCUGAAGGUUUCUUUGGAGGACUUGUACAAUGGCACAACUAAGAAGAUCUCUCUUUCGAGGAAUAUCUUGUGCCCAAAAUGUAAAGGGAAAGGAUCAAAGAGUGGGGCAUCUGGAAGCUGUCACGGGUGCCAUGGUACUGGAAUGAAGAUCUCAACACGACAGAUUGCACCAGGCAUGAUCCAACGGAUGCAACAUGUCUGUCCUGAAUGUGGAGGCUCAGGAGAGGUUAUCAGUGAUAGGGAUAGGUGCCCGCAGUGUAAAGGUAACAAGGUUAAGGCGGAAAAGAAAGUGCUGGAGGUGCAUGUUGAGAAAGGGAUGCAGCAUGCCCAGAAGAUUUCCUUCAGGGGAGAAGCUGAUGAGGCACCUGAUACAAUUCCGGGAGACAUUGUUUUUGUAUUGCAUCAAAAGGAGCAUCCCAAGUUCAAGCGGAAGUUUGAUGAUCUCUAUGUAGAACACUCGCUCAGUUUAACGGAGGCUCUCUGUGGUUUUCAGUUUGCCCUGACUCAUCUUGAUGGCAGGCAGCUCCUUAUUAAGUCAAAUCCCGGCGAGGUCAUCAAGCCAGGUCAGUCCAAGGCGAUCAAUGAUGAGGGAAUGCCACACCACCAGAGGCCAUUCAUGAAGGGCCGGCUUUUCAUCCACUUCAACGUGGAUUUCCCAGAAUCCGGAUUUCUUUCCCCUGACAAGUGCCGGGAUUUAGAGGCAAUUCUACCACCGAGGCCAAGCAAGCAGUCAUUGGACAUGGAGAUGGAUGAGUGUGAGGAGACCACUUUGCAUGAUGUCAACAUGGAGGAAGAGAUGAGGCGGAAGGAGCAGCACCGACUGCAUGAGGCUUAUGAUGAUGAAGACAAUGAUGAUAAUGAUGAGCCAACUAUGCACCGUAUGGCGUGUAACCAGCAAUAAUUAUCUCGGCAUUUGUGUUUUGCAUUAGGGAGGUGUUUCCGGAUAUUAUUAUUAUUAUUAUUUUGUUUUUGUUUUUGUUUUUGAGAUGAUAUGUUAUAUUUUAAUAUAUAGAAUGAAUAGAGUGCUGGUGUUGGUA